UCCCUUUUAUUUACAUCGAUAUAUUUUAAUAACAAACAUGUAAAGUGAAGAAGAGUGGAAUAUACUUUUGUUGGAAAAUGUUCAUCAUUAAAAAUGUAAAUACAAUACCGGGGAUAUUGAUAUUGCUUUGUCCAUGCACAGUUGAAUUUAAUAGUAAGAACCAGAAGGUAGUAGAGGAGUUUAACACCGUGAAACAAAGGAACAGGGAGGAUAAACUUUAUCCUCCAAACUGGGAAGCUUUAGACAAAAGGCCUUUACCAGUAUGGUAUGACAGUGCUAAAAUAGGAAUUUUUGUUGUUUGGGGAGUCUACUCCGUUCCUAGUGUGUACAACGAAUGGUUUUGGUAUCGAUGGAAAGGACAGAAGGACCCAAAAUAUGUAGAAUUCAUGCAUAAAAACUACAAACCAGGUUUUACAUACCCGGACUUUGCCUCCAUGUUAACAGCUGAAUUUUUAGAUACGGAUGAAUGGACAAAACUCUUUAAAUCAUCCGGUGCGGAGUAUGUGGUAUUUACGACUAAACAUCAUGAAGGUUUUACAAUGUGGCCAUCUAACUACUCUUUUAAUUGGAAUUCUAUGUCAGUCGGCCCAAAAAGGGAUAUUGUAGGAGAGCUUGUUACAUCACUACGUAAACAAGACCUCAGAGUUGGACUUUACCAUUCUUUGUUUGAAUGGUUUAAUCCACUGUUUCUGCAAGAUAAAGCAAAUAAUUUUAAAACGCAAAAAUUUGUUUCAACUAAAACUAUGCCUGAACUUUAUGAAUUAGUUAAUAAAUACAAACCUGAUUUAAUAUGGUCUGAUGGAUGUCCAGGUACGUCCUCGUAUUGGAAUGCUACAGAAUUUCUAGCUUGGUUAUAUAACUACAGUCCAGUUAGAGACGAAAUUGUUACUAACGAUAGGUGGGGUACAGAUACCAUGUGUAAACAUGGAGGUUUUCUGACUUGUACAGAUAGGUUUAAUCCAGGAAAACUUCAAAAAAGAAAGUGGGAGAAUGCCAUGACCAUUGAUAAACUGUCUUGGGGAUUUCGAAGGAAUGCAAAGUUAGAGGAAUUCAUCACUAUAGAAGAACUUAUUGCUUCCAUUGUUGAAACCAUAAGUUGUGGUGGCAAUAUCUUAAUUAAUGUCGCUCCAUCAUACGAUGGUACUAUACAGCCAUUGUUUCAAGAAAGAUUAACACAAAUGGGUAGUUGGUUGCAUGUCAAUUUUGAAGCCAUAUACGGAUCCUUUCCAUGGAAAUACCAAAAUGAUACCUUCACUCCUCGAGUAUGGUAUACUGAACAGCAAAUAAAGACAAACAAAGCCGUAUAUGCUAUAACUCUAGAUUGGCCAGACAAAUAUUUAUAUCUCCGGUCUCCAAUUCCAGUCCAAGACCAGACAUUUGUAUAUCUCCUUGGAACAGAAGGUCAACUUCAGUGGACAUCAUCGCCACAAGGAGGAAUCAAUAUAACUAUUCCGUAUAUACCGUAUAAUAAAAUGCCAUGUCAAUGGGCAUGGGUGUUUAGAUUAUUAGGUUUGCAAAACGCAGAAUAGUGUAUAUGUGUUUUAAUAGUAAUGAAUGUUUGUUUAAAAGUUCGACCAACUGUUUCAUACUUAACUGAUAGAUUUAUAGAUUGCUUGAUAUUGUUUCACAGAUGAGUAUAUUUUUACAAUGUCAGUCA